AUGGCCCAGCUAAACUACCGCACAAUCAACAUCGACGUGCUUGACCCCGAGUCCUCGGUCAACUUCCCCAUGGAGACCCUCCUCCCCGCCACGCUCCCACCCUCGCAGACCUCCUCCGACGCCGCCAACGUCGCCAGCCAAGUCCGCCAGCUGCUCCGCGGCGGCGACCCUGAGGGCGCCCUGCGGUACGUUCUCGACACGGCCCCGCUGGGAGGCGACGAUCGCGCCAAGGAGGUGCACAUGGCUACCGUUGUGGAUGUGCUGCAGGGGAUCCGCCAGGGGGAGAUGACCCGCGUGCUGGAGGGGGUAUGUAGCGGGGAGGGCGGAUCGGAGAGGGCGGACUGUCUGAUGAAGUAUUUGUACAAGGGGAUGGCUGCUCCGGCCCCUGGUGGCGGGGCGCAGUCGCCUCGGAAGUCGGUGUCUCCGCAGAACACGGGGUUCUCGCAGAUUCAGGCCCGGAAUCUGGGUGAGGGCGGGAGCGCGCAGCAGAUGAGUGUGUUGCUGAGCUGGCAUGAGAGGUUGGUUGAGCUUACGGGGACUGGGUCGAUUGUCCGGGUUAUGACGGAUCGGAGGACGGUUUAA